AUGACGCAGCAGGGCACGCAGUCGUCGCGCCCGCCACGGCCACGAUCCCCACAUUUCCCUCCACAUAACGCACCCCGCGUAUGGUUUCUGACAAUAGGUUCAUCACCCAUCGCAAUCGCUUUGGCGCGGCAAGUACUUGAUCACGGUGACUAUGUAGUAUCUGGCGUCGUACCACAAGAUUUUGAAAAGAGAGAGGGUCAGUGUGAGGACUUCAGAGCAUUUCUUGAGGAAGUGAAGCACACAGAACGAUGGCGGGAAAGACUAAGAGUUGUUGGGCUGGAUGGGCGAGUAAUCGGCCAGUGUCAGGCCGCGAUCGCAGAGGCUGUUGAAGCGUUCGGACGUGUCGAUGUCCUACUCGGCAACACCAGCGAAGCUGUUAUAGGUGCCGUAGAAGAGCUGUCCCAAAGUAUUCAGACCAUUACUCUUGUACAGGACACAUUUGAAACCAAUUUCUUCUCAAAUGUGAAUAUCAUCAAAGCUGUCCUUCCAACGAUGCGCGAACGGAAAAACGGCCACAUCAUUAUGUUGACGGGCGUCACCGGUCAUCUAGGGACGCCAGGUCUGGCCAUGUAUUGUUCAUCACAAUGGGCUAUUGAAGGGUAUUGCGAUAGUCUGGCGUAUGAGAUCGCUCCUUUUAACAUCAAAAUGUCUAUUGUUCAAGCCAAUAUGGAAGUAAAUGUUCUCACCAACAAAAUGACCUCCGUCCCGCCAAUGCGCGAGUACCUUCAGGCCGAAAAUCCCGCGCCAAUCGCUCGCGACAUCUUUUCCAGCCUUCUCGACAAGCUUGACCGCGUCAAUAACCCGUCUCCAUAUCCACAGGAGGAAAAGUCGCCUACUGACAGUAUUUCGACAACAAGCCCAGACGCCACUGUCCAUGAGCCAACCAUGGGCGAUCUACUCAGCUCGGACACCGUCACAUCGCUGUACGCGCCUCUGCCAUCCGUGGUGAAGUCAUCGCUGAUAGCAGAGACUGUACAUGCGCUGACGGCUAUUGGUGGCCAUGAUAAUCCACCUGCAAGACACAUAGUCGGUCUGGAGGGCGUGACAGCGGUCAAAGAGAAGUUAAAGACUACGAGUGAAGAAUUAGAGGACUUCAUCGAAGUGAGCAAUGCGGUGGAUAUUGGUCGACCAUACGAUCCAUCGGUCAUGGCCUCAAUAGAUGCUGAAGCAUUAUGA